AUGACAAAUCUGUCCCUAGGUCAAGUGAUUCAGUAUCCCAAAAAAUUCCCAUUCCAGAAAAUUAGAUCUCACCAAAUCCCGUUUCCACGCUUCUAUUUCGAUCAACUUCAAAUAGCAGUUUGUAUAGAAUAUAACCAAACUGAAACAGCGAAAUCAUUCCAUAUGUUGUUUGCGGGUGAUCUCAUCUUGGUUGGAGAUGGAGGACUGAGAAAAACAAACUCUGGCUCACCAAGCCCCUUUCCGUGGCCUCGUGCGCACGCUUCAGGAAUGCCUGCAGAGGUGCUGUCCUCAGUGUCAGCUGGUUUAGCAGCAUGA